AUGAACAAACGACGCAUUUGCUACAUAGUUACCGGAAUCAUUUCCAUCCUCUUCAUCAUCUUCAUCACCGUUUUGAUCCUCUCGCAAACCGUGUUCAAACCAAAAUAUCCGAUCCUACAAACCUUGUCUUCGACUGUCGAUGGCGUGUCCACACAUGUAUCACCACCAUUAGACGUCCAGCUAAACUUCACUCUCACGCUCCAGAUGCUGGUCAAGAACCCUAACGUUGCCGACUUCGCAUACAAGACGGUGGAAAACUCGGUCUUCUACAGGGAUAGGCUAGUGGGAAAUCUCACUCUUCCUUCGAGCUCACUCCCUGCCAAAGGCUCGGUGAUCUUGCUAUGUCCUCUUGUUCUUCAGAUCGAUAAAUUUGUUGCGGAUUUGGGUGAUGUUAUUCAAGAUAUAUUGCAAAGGAAAAUUGUGAUAGAGACCAAGGCGAAUAUGCCUGGGAUCAUUACAGUGUUGGGAAUCUUUAAGGUGCAUGUGAAGACAGUUUCGCAUUGCAAACUCGAACUUAGCUUUCCUACGAUGGCGAUAGAGAGGCAAGUGUGUGAGCUUGACGCUAAGUUGUAA